AUGGCCGCCGCCAAACUCUGCUGUGUGCCGCCGCGGCGCAUUUCCCAUGCUAAUGCAACAUACUCCGCGGCCGGCCGGCUGAUGAGCGUGGGACAAAAAGGCGCCUCGAAAAGCUGCCACAGAAGUAGGCUAGAACUGGUCGUAAUAAAAACCCACGAGGCACGAGGAAUGAUUGUUCCGUCCGGCAUGUGCAUCGAGGGCAUCAUUCAUCGGAGAGGGGCAAAAGCUUCAGACUCAUCAUUGGCGGCAAUAUUCAUGAUUCGCAAGCCACGUUUUAUCCUAGGCUAG